AUUGCGCACAGCCAACUUAAUAGUAUUUUCAGUAUUUCCUCAACUCUUACAGCUGUCCACACUGGUCGCGAUACAUAAGUAAAACACUGCAAACAUGUUGGUCAAGCACCUCGUAAAACAAGGACUGUUGUUCAGAAAUGCUGGCGCCAUGUCGCGUGCUGCCUACCACGGUGGCGGACACCACCAGCACUCCACCAUGAACGAUUUGCCCGUGCCCGCUGGUGACUGGAAGGAACAGCACAGCCAGAACCAGACCAAGUACAACGCCGCCUUGUUGACCGGUAUCCUGGUCUUGGCUGGCACCAUUGGCUUCGUGAAGUCCUCAGGCUUGAUCCAUCUGAACUACAGCCCUCCCAGCAACUUGGAUUAAGUGAAUCAAACCACGUACAUUGCAGCAGUUAAUAAUAUGUGUUAAAUAAGCUUAAAGUGGCGCAAUAGUAAAUCACAAAAACUCAACAAAACUA